CUGUUUCCUGUCGUCCAUUCAUACAUGUGAAGGUCAGCUUUUAGAGCCAUACGGUGUUCAUAAUUGGCAAAAUAUUGCCCUUAGGACCCCUUUUAAGCAAAAUAUGGACGGCCAGGGAGCGACAGCCGACCCUCAGCUUCAGCACUUCAUCGAAAUCGAGUCUCAGAAACAGAGAUUUCAGCAGCUGGUGCAUCAAAUGACUGAGGUUUGCUGGGAGAAAUGUAUGGACAAACCAGGGCCAAAGCUGGACUCAAGGACAGAAGUGUGCUUCGUUAACUGUGUGGAGAGGUUUAUUGACACCAGCCAGUUCAUCCUAAACAGACUGGAACAGACUCAGAGGAGCAAGGGCUCUUUCUCUGACUCCAUGGCAGACUGAAAACUGUCUCCAGAGGGACUGACGAGACACAUGGCUCCACGGCCAGGCCUGACAAAGCUGUCUGUAAUGAACUGUCCGUUCAACUGGGAAAAAAAGAACAAUAUGAAGUGUUACUUUCGAUACAAGUGCCUCAGAUUAAUAUGGGUGCAGAAGUCUUGCUUGUCCUCCACUUAGCGGAAUAUGAGUGUUAAAAACACUAAGCUUGUGGUCCUGCAGUGACCUUGUUUUUCACAAGUCUAACUGUGAAACUGAACUUGAAUGUGUUGAUAUUCGCUGUUCUAAUUAGUGUGAGAGUGCAGAAAGACAUCUGGGACACUCAGCUUCAGCCAGCUGUUUUUGACAGCUACAAGGACUUCACCACACACUGCUGUAAUUUAACAAAAGUAACAGUGUCUUCCGGAAAGCGAAGGCAGUAGGUACUGGACUGUACAUAUGCAAUAAACACAAUGCCAAAUAAUUCUGUCUCUUUUGGAAAAAAAGGAGUAGUCAAGUCGUGUCGUAAUUAUGUUUUAAUCAGCAUUAUCAAACACAUAAAAAGUUAAUUUACAUCAGAGAUAUGUUACAGCUUGGCACAUGGUGGGAAUUAAUCCACACAGGGAAAAACAUUCUUUGGUGCAGGUUGUAUAUAAUACUGAGGUAUUACAGUUACUCAUCUUACUCAAACUUGUUCAUCAUCAGCAGAUGAUUGAAAUGCAUUCAGGGCAUUUUUUUGCCUUUACACUGGUUGUAAAAUCAUCAUUUGUACAAUAUGCUUAGUUAAAAGUGCAACCUAUAAAUAAGGUUAUUGGUUUCAGUAACAGAAGGCACAGUCUGGUUUACGUAGGCUACUAUUCAACCCUCAAUUAAUUUUUUUUAACUUGAUAAA